AUUUUAAUAUUAACAGAUAUACUGUUUAAUCUCAUUAGUAAUGUUUUGAUCAAUUGGAUUGAUGACUCAAAACAUAUAGUAAAACUAAAAAUUGCAAGAAAAAUUGAUUAAUAAAAACUAUAUAAUUCAUGAAAUAUUUAAAUUAUUAAUUUGAGAGUUAUGUUUGACUAAUUUUGUGGAAUAUUAUUGUUGGAUAGUACCUCUUUACCACAAAGAGCAAGGAUAGACAACGUUUACCAAAAUGAAAAAAUUAGUUAUACCCUUAACUAUUUAUAAUAGUUUCAAGAUUCAACACCUUUCUAUUUAUUUUUAACAUUUUAUAUCAGUUUUUUUUUCCACCUUAUUAUUCAACACAUAUUCAAUUUUUAGACAGUAAAAUAAUUUUAUAUAAUAAAAUUAAACUUAUUAUUUAUUAAUUAAUUAUUAUUAUUUUAUGUCUAAAUUAGUUUAUAAUAAGAAUCUUGAUUUUAAAUAAUUAGAAAGAUAUGAAAAUAUAAAAAAUCUUUUAAAAGUGACAUAUAUCUUUGAUAGUCAUCAAUUUGUUCUUAUUCAAGAUGAUGAAUCUACUCAACAUCAAAUCAUUCAUAUCAUCAAAUUUCAUUUUUCAACACAUUCCCUAUAAUGAUUUGACUGUUGGAUCUUUUCUAUUUCUAUUGUACAUAUAGUCUAGAUAAAAGAGAAGUACAAAUACGCUCAUAAAGUAUGGUAUAUAUAUAGCGAGAAGGUGUCAAAGAGUCCAAAAUCAUCAAGAGAAGUUAUCUUACAACUUAGUGGCUUAUCUUGUAAGAAAUUUCAAGAUCUUCAAAAUGGGCGCAGCCACUGUCGUAGAGAUCCUUAUUGCUAUCCUCUUGCCUCCUCUCGGCGUCUUUCUCAAGUUUGGCUGCAGCGUUGAGUUUUGGAUAUGUUUGAUAUUGACGCUGCUUGGUUAUAUUCCCGGGAUCAUCUACGCUGUUUAUGCCAUCACCAGGGAAUGAUUGUUCUUAGCUCUUCUGUUCUUUCCGUUUGGUCUCCUCGGGGAACAUGCUGCUUUAUCGUGUUAGCUCAUUGGGAGUGAUUCAUCAUUUAUUUUAUGUUAUCAGCAAUUAAUCAUCGUUGUUGUCCCUUUUUAUUAUUAUAUAAUUUAUGUUGAUCUGAAAAAAAAAUCUUGGUUCAUUUGAGGCCAUUUUUAUUUCGUGUUAUAACUAUUGGUAAAAUGCUGGAAGUGGCGUAGGUUUGAUUUGGACCACUACAAUAGAAAUUUAAAUCCUACUUUAUAUAAUUCCAUGGUCACGUCUCUCAAUUCGCCACAAACAAUUUUACACCAUAUGAUAAAAUUCACGUGGUCCAUGAGAUACACAACACAAUCAUCAUCCCCACCACUUGUUCAUAGCCCAGUUUUUAAAUAUACGAUUACGAUUAAUUAUCGAAUUGAAUCGACCAUACGAUCAAGGCACUCUCCACCCUUUAAUCUUCUUUUUAAUGAAAUUUUACUGUUAAAAAAAAUAAGGAUUCCAACUGGAUGCCUCCUACCAAAUUUUAAGUGUCUAGUGUCUACAUUAGUGUCAUGCACUACAACAAGAGAAUAAUAAACCAUAUUAACGGUGAAAAAUGAGGAAGACAAAAAACAAUGCAAGUGAUAUCGACAACCAGCAAAUUUAUAGUAAUUGACGUAUGUAGCAUGUUGCUAAAGCAUUUUCUUUGAUUUGGGGAUAUCUAGACUGAAACCAAACUUUUUUAAAAAAAAGUAGUAUAAAUAACUUGUCCAAUUCUGAGCUUUUUUAACGAGGCCAAAACAUUGUUUCAUUUUCGUCUGCCCAAGUCUAAAGCAUUAUUUACAUGGAUAAAACAUACAUUUUAUUGUUGUUGGAACUUACCUCUUCUGUUGUUUAAAUAUUCAAUUUUGGUUAAAAAUAUAUUUUGUUACAAAAAAAAAAAAAAAAAAAAGGUUAAAAAUAUAUUCAUUUUUGGUCGCUACAAUGUGUAGUCGAUUUCACGUCAACGAUAGUGGAUGCUUAUCAUACCUACUUUUGUCUGAAACGGCAUGUCGUUUUGUUGAAGGGAUAAAUAUUGUCAUGUUUUAUCUACAAAAUAAAUGCAACAUGAGUGAAUGUAACUAACGGUUAUUUACAGUAAUACCUUUUAAUGUCGGUCACAAUAAUUAUAUCACGAGAUAAUGUGACGUUGAUAUACAUAUGUGACGUUGACCCUUUGGAAGUUGGAUCAUAACGACUGACUAAAAAUUCAUAAUGUUGAAAUACAUGUAUCACCGCCGACAUCACGGGUAUGUGACGCGCUAAGUGAAACUAUAUGGAUGUUCCUAAUGCUGAUGCUAAAUUUCAGGAAACUAUAUAGGAAAAUGAAAAAAGAAAAAAAAGGUAAGCACCACGUGGCUUUUAAGUAUCUCAAGAGUUAGGUCUAUAUAAUGUGAGAGGUACAUGAAGGAGAGAGUAAAGAAGAAAGACACAAACACACUUUGAAGCUUUAAUAAUUUCACACAAGCAUCAAAAAGAGCUAAAAAGAAGAUGGGAACAGCUACUUUCAUAGAUAUUCUUCUCGCUAUCCUCUUGCCUCCUCUUGGAGUCUUUCUCAGAUAUGGUUGCGGGGUAGAGUUUUGGAUAUGUUUGGUUUUGACGCUGCUUGGAUAUCUUCCUGGGAUCAUCUACGCUCUUUUUGUCCUCACCAAAUGAUUUACCAUCUAUCCUCUUUUCUUGUAUCUUCAUCUCCUUGAACAGCUGUUUCGUCGUGUUGUCCUCUACUCGUUAUGUGUGACCGAUUCAUCGCUUCUUAUGUUGUGUUUGCAUUGUUAUAUAAUUUUCUGUUGAUAUAAAGAAGAUAUGGUUUGUUAAUU